GCCUUACUCUUCUCCUCUGUACUAAAGAAGGGAGGGAGAAUAGAUUUCUUAUUAAUAAACUUUUUUUCCUUCUUCACCAUUUCUGAAAGCAAUCUCCCCCUCUUUCUCAACUAAAUUUAGGGUUCCUCUUUUUGGAUUCAUUUCAAAGAUUUAGGAGAAAAAUCAAAUUAAUAUCUGCAUUCAACGGUUCAGAUUCUGUGUGGAAUCUUCUUCUUCUCGUUGUGGUUGUUGUCUAUUUAUUAUAGGCAGAAAUGUUGGGGAUUCUGGUGGUAAUCAGGUUAGGGUUUUAGAGUGAUUUUUUGAGUUUUUUUUUUGUAUAGGGAGGAGGGGGGUAUUUGGAACAUGAAUGAAAUUAGACCUGUGCAGCAGAAACAGGGGAAUAAUAGUAAUAAUCUGCGAGAGGAAUUUCAUCGUGGAUUAGAAGAGUAUAUGCGAGAGCGUUUAGAAGAUUGUAUGUCAUUGACUUCAUGUAGUUCAAGUAUAGAUCAAGUUGAUGAUGAUGAAGUAGAUCAAUUAAUGCGAAGAAGGAGACAUCGAGGUGAUACAGACGAUUUAGCUGAAUCGUCAGCUGCUCGUAGACGUCAUUCAAGGCUGUUGAGUAGGUGGGCUGCACGUCAAGCUCAAGAUAUGAUAACUACUGUCGAGAGUAGGAAUCGUGAGGCUGAACUUAUGGCAUUAGCGCGGUUGAAUACUGUAUCGACACGGGAUUCUUCUUUUUUGAGAGAAUCUCCGUCACCCCCGUCGAGUAGACCAGGUGGUGUUGAUAGGACGAGUACAACUGCGUCUUCUCUUUUGCAAAUGUGGAGGGAGUUGGAGGAUGAACAAAUUGUGAAUCGAGCCAGAGAAAGUUUAAGGAGACAAAGGGUUGACCCGAGUACCAGGGCUGGUUCAGUGGAUCCAAGUGAGAGUGAUAAUGAAUCUGGGGUAUGGUCUCAAGGUCAAAAUGAUAGACAAAAUGACCGAGGGGAUCAAGAGAGUUCUAGCCGCGAACAGUCUCCCGACCUAGGGGAAGUAGAAAGAGAAAGGGUGAGGCAAAUUGCUAGGGGUUGGAGGGAUAGCGGGGUAAGUGAUAGAACUCCCAAUGUUACCCAGAGCAACGGAGGUCCAAGGAGAGAGUUGCUAGGAGAAAAUGAGCGUGAGAGAGUGAGACUUGUAAGGGAGUGGGUUCAUAUGAGUACAGAGCCACGAGGUAGUCGUGGUGAAAGAGGGCAAGAACAAUCUUCAGAAGUUAGUGCUCAGAUCGAUCGGGUCCGGGAUGGACUGGUUGUUGAAAACAAUAAUGGCCAAAGUGGGCAUCUUCGGAGGGAUAGACCGAGAUUAAGAGGCAGACAGGCUCAUAUUGAUUUGCUUAUAAGAAUUGAGAGAGAAAGACAAAUAGAAGUGCAGGAUUUGUUGGAGCAGCGGGCUGUCUCUCGCUUUGCUCACCGCAACCGCAUUCAGGCAUUACUCAAAAGUAGAUUCUUGCGAACCGGGAGGUCUAUUGUGGAAGAGCGACCAGUUUCAACGGCAGCAAGUGAGAUAGGUUUUUUAAGACGUCGCAAUAAUGCACUGGGUUUAAGGGGAGGAUUUGGCACGAGAUUGGAGCAUACUAUUAAUGGGGAAGGAAGUAGCAAUCCUAACCAUCAGUCUGAUAGUAAUUCUAAUAAUGGUUCUAGGAACGAGCUAACUCACACAAGUGCUUCACAUGAUACGGAGAAUGUAACCGGUGAACACUUACAACCCAGGAGUACAGCAGUUGAUGUCCGUCAGUUGCCAGAGUUGACUGCUGACUCGGAAAGUAGCACAGCCAGGGAAAAUGUAAUCCAUGAACCCUCGCUAACCAGGAGUGUUGAAGGUGAUGUUGAUCAGCUCCCCCAGCUUACUGGGGACUUGGCAAACAGCACAACUAGGGAAACCGUAAACCAUGAACACAUGCAACUGCGGAGUACAGAAGGUGAUGUUCACCAGUCCUCAGAGCUGACUGGUGAGUUGGAAAACCGCUCAGAAAUUGAGCAGGUAAGCUGGCAAGUGCCUACCGAUAACGAAAGGGAUCAGGCCAAUCAAGCUAAUGAGCUUGAGAGGAGAGAGUCGCAGCAAUCUACUGAAGUUGAGAGUAAUGUUGAUUGGCAAGACAAUAACGAAGAAGAAAUGGACGGAAACUGGCUAGAGGAUGCCCGAAGGCCCAGAACAAACUGGCCGCAGGAAAUACCUGGAAAUGAGGGGGAGGAAGAAAGUCGGUUUCCAGUAGAAAAUGAGGACUGGAAUGAAGAUGAAUCCCAAGAUGCUCUAAUUCAUUGGCCUGAUAGUCCUUAUGGUGAAAGCAUUCAGCUUGCUCUGCCUAGAAGGAUGACUAGUUUUGAUGUACCUGAGGAUGAUAAUGUGUACAGUGUGGAACUCAGAGAACUGCAUAGCAGGAGAAGCGUCUCUAAUCUUCUUGACAGUGGAUUCCGUGAGAGUCUAAGCCAACUGAUACAAUCGUAUGUGGAAAGACAAGGUCGUCCUCCAGCUAACUGGGGAUUAAAUAGAGCCAUGUCCAUGCCCAUGCCUACUUCGCAAGACCAAGAUCACGAGGACUCGGCAGAUGGUCAGAAUGAGGGUCAGUUAGACACCAGACCUCCUCCUUUUUCACUGCCUUCUCCACCAGCCCCACCACCACAGCCAUUGUGGCACCAUGAACUGCAUCAUACCAAUUGGCCUCGGCAUAGCAUGCAUCGUACAGAAUAUGAAUGGGAGGUCAUUAAUGAUUUGAGAGCUGAUGUGGCUAGGCUUCAACAAGGAAUGAGCCACAUGCAGAGGAUGUUGGAGGCCUGCAUGGAUAUGCAAUUAGAGUUGCAACGGUCGGUUAGACAGGAAGUGUCUGCCGCUUUAAAUCGCUCAGUUACUGAAUCAGGGGAGGUAAAAGAUUCCGCAGAAGAGGAUUCAAACUGGGUGCAUGUUAGGAAAGGGAUUUGUUGCGUUUGUUGUGAUAGUCAUAUUGAUUCUUUACUGUACAGAUGUGGACACAUGUGUACUUGUUCCAAGUGUGCAACUGAGUUGUUCCAAGGUGAAGGAAAGUGUCCAUUGUGUCGUGCACCCAUUGUCGAGGUGAUUCGAGCUUACUCCAUACUGUAAAAUAAAAAAUAUAAAUAAAACCAAAGAAGAGAAAAUUUAGAUUUUGAUAUCGAGAGAGAAAGGUUGAUCGAGUCAUUUGCAUCUCUCGACCUUUUCUCUCCUCCAGUUUCUGAACUAUAUGUCAGCUUUUCUUCCUUUUUGAUCUAUAUGUUGUUGUCAUUUUUGUUCUUUAAUUUAUUUUUUACAAUUACAAGAAAAAGAAAUGUAUAACAUGAUCUGAUCACACAAAUGACACUCAAUUAACAUUCAUAUGUUCAUUCUUC